CCAAUGAGAAGUUGCAUCAUAUGAUAUCAAUUAUCAAGAAAUGAAGGUCAGGAAAGUCCGAUGCAGCUGCAUAGAGAGUUGACCCACUACUCCAGUAAAGUUCUUUUUUACAAGUUCCAUGAUACUACCAUGGAACAUGUUGAUCCUAUAAGUCUGGGCCCUUGGAUCCCGUCUCUGCGCCCAACACCAUUUCAGGGUCUGGACUCAUGCUUACUAUUUCUUUUCCCGAAUCCAUCCUGGCCUACAGAGACACCACGGUGAUUGAUUGUUUAAUCCCGGCUCUGUUGCCUUCAGAUUCAGGUCAGGUGUCCUCUACCCACAAACCAAACGACAGUCUCCCUGAAAAGAACAGCGCAGCUGUGACUUUUCAGGACACGGGUGGUGCGAACAAAACCAUCGCUGUUUGUUAGUAAUCCCACUAUACUAUUGGAUGUAGAGCUGCUGCGUAGCUUUCUUUCGGCACGGAGGGUAGGGAGGGAGUAGCUUGGAAGAAAGGGGCAGAGUGGAUACAGUACAAAGCGAAGCGGCAACCACCGCGAGGUUUCCUCGAGAAUCUCCAGUCUCUUCUUCCCCGCACCCACUCUUUAUCCACGAGCGACGGGGACCCGUGACAGCGGCGAAAGGCUCGAGCUUUUCUUGAUUUGCCCUGCCGCCUGCAUUGGGACGAGAGGAGGUCCUUUUCUUGGACGUUCUGGGGAGGAGUACCUGAGCCGACUCGCGGGCGUUCUUGGGCUCGUUGCGUCUGUUCAGGUUCUGGAAGCAUGAGGUUAUGGUCUCUCUUUCUCUUGCCUCUGCUCUGUCUACCUGCGCGGGUUCGAUCAGAGGAUUACGCGGAUGCAACUGUCAUUGUUCGAGGCUCUGAGACGAUUGCUUCGACCAGUGAUGAGUUUGUUUGCGCCACCAUUGAUUGGUGGCCUCCAGAGAAGUGUAACUACGACCAGUGUCCAUGGGAAAGGGCUUCUGUCUUAAAUCUGGACUUGACUAAUCCUUUGCUGGCUAAAGCUAUCCAAGCCUUCAGUCCGCUGCGCAUCAGAGUUGGAGGCUCCUUACAAGAUCAAGUGUUAUAUGGCACACCAAAUUUAGGAUUGCCAUGCGACCCAUUUACAAAGGUUUCAAGUGGCCUUUUUGGGUUUUCUCAAGGAUGCAUAACAUUGGAAAGAUGGGAUGAUAUUAAUGAUAUGUUCCUGAAAACUGGUGCAGUUGUUACAUUCGGUCUCAACGCGCUUCGAGGAAGACAGCAGACAAGAAAAGGUGUCUGGGGUGGUCCCUGGAAUUCUAGCAAUGCUCGAGAAUUCAUUGAAUAUACCGUUUUAAAGAACUAUCCUAUCGAUUCUUGGGAAUUUGGGAAUGAAUUGAGCGGAAGUGGAGUUGGUGCGAGUGUGUCAGCUGAACAAUAUGGAAAAGAUCUAGUUGAACUCCAAACCAUCAUCAGCGAGCUAUACGGAGAUUCCAACAAACCACUGGUUGUAGCCCCAGGAGGAUUUUAUGACCAGAAAUGGUUUGCUCAGCUCCUCGAUGUCUCCGGGCCAAAUGUUCUCAACGCAAUGACUCAUCAUAUUUACAAUCUUGGUGCUGGUAAUGAUCCACAGGUUCCAAACAGAAUUUUGAACCCGCAGUAUCUGAGCCGGACUUCCGACACAUUCAGAAGUCUCCAACUCACCAUACAGCGCCAUGGACCAUGGUCUGCUCCAUGGGUUGGUGAAUCUGGUGGUGCAUAUAACAGUGGCAGCCGGCUCGUGUCCAAUACUUUUCUCAAUAGCUUCUGGUAUCUUGAUCAGCUGGGUCAGUCAGCAAAGUAUGACACCAAGGUCUACUGCAGACAGACGCUGAUUGGUGGCAAUUACGGCCUUCUUGACACCGAGACUUUCGUACCAAACCCGGAUUACUACAGUGCCUUGUUGUGGCAUCAGCUCAUGGGGACAGGAGUUCUUUCUGUAGACAUCAGUGGUUCUUCGUACUUGCGCGCCUACGUGCAUUGCGCCAAGCAAAAGGGUGGCGUCACUCUUCUCUUGCUGAACCUGCACCGAACGAUGGGCUUCAUGGUCUCAGUCAGGAACGACCUAAAUGUCAACCUCGCAGAAGGGCAAGGGAUCAGGAGGGACAGUGCCUUUGUCCAUGGCCUGAAGAGGACGGUUUCUUGGGUCGGGAGCAAAGCCUCCGAUGGGUUUUCCAAGAGGGAAGAGUACCAUCUCUCGUCGAAAGAUGGGAACCCUUUUGCCCGGACCAUGCUGCUGAAUGGAGCCCCUCUUGAGCUCACUGAAGAUGGUGGCAUCCCUUCAUUGUAUCCAGUGGAAGUUUCAGUUAACUCGCCAAUCUAUGUUGCUCCUCUGACCAUUGCGUUUGUCGUCUUCCCUGACUUUGAGGCUGAAGCUUGUGGCCGAUGAUCAACUGUACAUAGAAUAUCACCUUUUUUUGCUAUAAGGCAUCUAAAGAACAAAGGUCAUUGUAAUGUAAAGACGUGUUCGUUUUCUGAUCUGUGCCCCAAUCGGGCCAUCUACGUUUUCCCAACGAAUAGUCUCCAGGUGAUGUCAUACUGAUCAAUGCCUCGUCAUUGUACUUUGUACAUACAGUUCAUCAUCUCAGAAAAAAAAUGUUCAGCAUCAACCAAAUUCCA